AAUCAUCCGCAUGGUAUAAAAUGGCAGCUAAAGUCAUUGUUCGUCAGUGAGUGACAAUCAUGUAUCAGUAUUGUAAUUCUACAACAGGUGCUUGUAUUUCUACAGUAAUUUUUGUAGAUCUACUUCGUUUGGUAUUAAGUAUUUACAGUACUUAUAUGUGCCACAAAAUACAGCAAAAAGCUGGUUUAUACACAGGCACUUUAUAGAGUGAACGUUUAAUGCAAACAAGAAAGAAACUGUAGUAUAUUUCUUUUAGCCAGUCGCCUAAAUCAGUCGUACCGCCGACCAAAAUUGCCUUUCGUUAGUGAUACGUAACACCACAAGCUCUACACAUUGAUAUGUUGUAGGUCUAUCUUGUUGCAAGGAAUCGCAGACAGCAUAAAGAGAGCUGAAUAUAGGCGAUUGCAAAAAGAUAUAGAUUAUAGAAUGCGCAUGUGGGGAAGUAUCCACUAUUUUUGCCUUUUGUGUGUCUAUGUGAAAAGGCAUCAUUAUGCUUAGUACCUGAAUGGGUAACUUUGUAAAAAUCGAGCCCUUUGUCAAAUUAAUGUAGUGUAAGUAUAGUUCACAGGAAAGAUGUAUACAGCUUGUGCGGGCAAAAUCACAUCUGUGUAGCUCUUAAUUAUUUAAAUUGGGAUAAUUUUAUAAAUUAUGAAUCGAGAGGCAUGAAAAUUAUAGGUAUAGGGUUUGACAUAAUGGAAAAGAUGUAUGCAAAUUUUCAUGGAAAACGCGACAGGACUUUGAGCGGAACAAAGUCGGUGGUGCAUUCGGACAUGCAGGACGUAUAAAGUGAUUCCAGUAUACCCUCUCACUUAACUUCGUUGCAGGGGGAAUAAUAAGCGAUGCUAUACUCCCUCCCUUUUUUAAUCAGAUCUGAAGAGGCGAAUGGAACACAGCGACUGGUAUUCGGAGUACAGCAGAACGAUCUCACACAAGAUGUUUGUGUUUAUGCCGGACAGUGGUCGAAUGCUGGAAAAAUUGGAAGCAAUCCCGGGUGUGAUUUUGGCCGGAACUGUCGACUGUGAGAAAGAUGAAGCCGGAAACAUCAAAAGGAGAUAUGAUAGUACUGUUUACAGGGUGCAAGACACAGAAAACGGACAGGCGUAUUACUUUGUUGGGGAGUACCUCACCCCUCUGGCGGUGAUUCAGGACAUGGAGAGUGGGCAAGAGGCGGGACUGAGCACAGAUGCGCAUGCCAAACAGGUCAGCUGGCUGUACAGGCGAUUGGAAGAAAUCCUGAAUCACGAGCAUGCGCACGAACUCAACGGAACAUGGCGACUCUUCCGGCAUGAUAAUUCUCCAAAGAAAAUCUCCGACAUAUCAAGACAGCUUGUGGAGCUCAUAAAAGAAGACAUCGAGGAGGACUCAGCGUGAAUGGUCUCCAAUUUUUAACGUGAUGACAUUCACAUCGUACUGGAAUUAGCUUUAUCAUAUUUAUUUUAUCAAUCCAAAAUCAGGUCUUUUGGGCGGACAUGUUUAAAGCCAUUGAGUAAAUAUUAGAGAAAACUUAAUAUUACGAUAAUUCUUAUUUAUCCCGAAAUCGAUUAAUACAAUUUAAUCGGCCCAUGGCUUUGAUCUCUGAUUUUAUGUGACAAGACAUCCUUUAUCAUAUUGUCAUAUAGCUGCUUUGGUCUCCGCUUAUGUGUGACAGGAUAUACAUUGUCACAUCAUGUAGCUGCUUUGGUCUCCGGUUUUAUGUGUGACAGGAUAUACAUUAUCACAUCAUGUAGCUGCUUUGGUCUCCGCUUAUGUGUGACAGGAUAUCCAUUGUCACAUCAUGUAGCUGCUUUGCUCUCCGGUUUAUGUGACAAUGAUCAGUUAUCACAGUCAUGUAGCUGCUUUGGUCUUCGCGUAUGUAUGACAAGAUGCCCAUUAUCACAUCAUGUAGCUGCUUUGGUCUCCGGUUUUAUGUGACAAUGAUCAGUUAUCACAGUCAUGUAGCUGCUUUGGUCUCCGCUUAUGUAUGACAAGAUGCCCAUUAUCACAUCAUGUAGCUGCUUUGGUCUCCGGUUUUAUGUGACAAUGAUCAGUUAUCACAGUCAUGUAGCUGCUUUGGUCUCCGCUUAUGUAUGACAAGAUGCCCAUUGUCACAUCAUGUAGCUGCUUUGGUUUCCGGUUUAUGUGACAAUGAUCAGUUAUCACAGUCAUAUAGCUGCUUUGGUCUCCGCGUAUGUAUGACACGAUGCCCAUUAUCAUAUCAUGUAGCUGCUUUGGUCUCCGAUUUUAUGUGACAAUGAUCAGUUAUCACAGUCAUGUAGCUGCUUUGGUCUCCGCUUAUGUAUGACAAGAUGCCCAUUAUCACAUCAUGUAGCUGCUUUGGUCUCCGGUUUUAUGUGACAAUGAUCAGUUAUCACAGUCAUGUAGCUGCUUUGGUCUCCGCGUAUGUAUGACAAGAUGCCCAUUAUCACAGUCAUGUAGCUGCUUUGGUCUCCGCUAAUGUGUGACAAAAUUCCCAUUAUCACAUCAUGUAGCUGCUUUGGUUUCCGGUUUUAUGUGACAAUGAUCAUAUUAUUGAUUUGAUAUUUGUGGCGAGAUCUUAAUCAUCACAUGGUCACAUGGCUACUUUAGCUUCAAUCACUUCUACCAUGGUUCCCGCAAUAAAUGUACAAAUAUCGAAUUUGUACAUUUCGAAUUCAGAUAUUCGAUAUUCACAAUAUCGGAUUGAGUUAGGUUUAAAUUAGGUGAAACCAUGACGUUCUGAAAUAAUCAGGAAUAAAUGAGCUGCCUUUUUUUCUUUAUUGGCAUAUUAAAGAAUUUUUAGGGAGUUUCUUAAAUUACCUCAAAGCAAUACAUAGUCACUCAGUACUGCAAGUAAGACUGGAGGAACACUGGCGUUGUUAAACUUUAUGUUUUAUUCUUUAUCAUAAAUCUGACUGAAAAUAAGUAUUGGUGUGAUAAUUUCUUUUUCGUAACAGGUUUAUUAUUGAUGUUCAGUGAAUUGAUAUUGGUCCCGAUUCGUAUCAUAUAGGCAAAAUGUAUAUUGCUGACUGUGUGUAUGGCAAAGCUAUAUGCCAGCUUCACCCCGUAUACGAGGUAUACGUUUAGGGGCCUAUUCCCCCCGUGAUAAAACUGAUCAACGGCCAAAUUGAAAACGCUUUAUAGUUACCAAACAUUUUAAAGGAACAUUGCCCAAACAUUUAAAUGUUCGAAUAUCAAUAGAUUUCGCUGCUAUCAUAUUCGACAGCAGGAUUUCGGUUUAACACCGCCAUGACGGUAACUGAAGUCUCGUAUGUAUGGAGAAAAUUCGAAGGGAAGUAACUCUUCCUGGCAUUAGACUUACCCGUCAUUAUAUUCGCGAGAUCUAAGGGAGGACGGCCUUGCUGUUGUUGUUGUUAUUUAUUUAUUUUUGUUUUGUUUUUGUUUGUUUUACGGUGAAUGAAAUUCAAAUAAAGAUUGCGUGUCUAGCAUGGACGUUUUGGACCAUAUUGAACAAACUGGAAGUUCAUUGACAUCACCGUUUUGUUUAACUACUAAACAUUCCCGGAUUGCUUUGUCUCAACGUCCAACGUGAUUAAACAUGUAGUACUGUAUCUGUAUAUGUAUUUAAUGUGGGAACAUAGUAGUUAAUAGUGUGUUUAACAGCAAAAUGAAUAUUUGACUUCGCUGUUCACAGUCCUGUGCAAUAUGUCACAAACUGCUCACCGUAGAACAGCAAUGUUUAUGAACAAAAACAAAGAAUAAAAUAAGAAAACCCUAUUUGGAAUCUCCAGGUAAUGGUUUUUCAGGUGAUAGUACUUUAUUUAAAGGUUGUCUAUGCGUUUAUGGACAGAGGAAUAGUCGAUUUAUCUUAAGAUGUAAAAAUGUCAUUGCGGUGAUGUUAAAUUAUUUUCACCUAUUUGAUACUGAAGUGGACACAGCUAUAAAAUGACGACCGCUUCUAAAAUUUUAAAAUCAUAUUUUAUAAUUAUGUAUUACUGUCAUCUGUAAAUUUUAAAUAUAUACUAGAUUCCCUAUGGUAUAAUUUUACUUUGUUUUAUUCAUCUAUUUAUUCUUUGCUGAUUUCUUUCCUGUUCAAAAUAUAUUUAUAUAUAUUAUUUAAAUAACGACUUUGUUCUGUUGUAUAAAUGCUUCAUCCCGGUGAGUCAUAUUGUAUUAUUUUGAGAUUUCGGACUGAUAAUGUAUCAAUCUUUGACACAUUUUUUCGAUAUGGAUUUUUAAUGUAUGAAUUCAUGAUGUAUCUUAUAACAGUUGAAUUGCUUUAAGGUACUAAAUCGUGUAAGUUUAGCAGUAUAACCUAGUAGGCCUAUGCCUAGAUAAAAUUGAAUUACUAUUUUCUUAAUAUAUUAAUUUUAAUUAUAUAUUAUAUUAAGUAAUUAUGUAUAAUAAUUAUUUAAUAAUCAUAGGUAAUGUAAAGUUGUGUUUGAUAUUUUUCUCUUUAUAAAUGGACGAUUGUUGUAAACUCAGUACUUUGCAUAGUAAAUGGUCCAUUUAGUGUUAUGUGCACGACUGCCGUCAGUUUCUAAAUUUAGCUUCCACUGUUUACAUACGCUGAGUUCGGCGCCUGCUGUCUGCCUCUCUGCCUUAGAGUGUUCCAGAAUGCGCUCAGUUCGGUGCCUGUUUGUUUACAUCAAGUGUUCAGGAAUUUUCUUAUUCGAGACAAUUCCACCAGGCUAUUUAAGACCUAUGAAAGCAGGUCAAACGGAGAGAACAGAGAACGGAGAAUUAUUGAGAGUUUUGGAUGCUUUCGCUGUGUAUUACCUUAGUAGGCCUUUUGUGCUGAAUUUUGGUGUCUUUAUAGCCUCUGGCUUUGUUAUGUCUCCACCGAGCACUUGUUCAGUCCGAGCUUGUAUAUUUGAUUCGUGCUCUUGUGUACACAGUGCUUAUUAGUACACGGACCCUGCCUGUGGAGUUUUGUGUAUAUUUCGUCAUACACGUUAUACUGUGGAUUUUCCCUCUUAUUUCUGCAUUUAUGCCUGUAUGGUUUUCCGCAUUGUGGAAUAUAUGCGUCCGUUUGGACUUGACACCGUUGUACAUGUAAGUACUUUAGUAUUUGUAUAGAUACUGCUAUCCUUUCUUGUUAAACUUAAGUACUUUAGUAUUUGUAUAAGUCUUAUUAUCUGUUCUUGUUAAAGCUAAUAACUUGUUGUAAAAUAAAAUCUGCUGGUUUUUGGUUACUUUUUUGUGCGGCUAAACUGUCGUGUAUUUCGAACAAGCCAUCUCUUUAUAAUACAGACAGUUUGGUCCGUAACAUUAGUAUAUCGGCUAUUAAACUAUUAAAUUCUGACUAAGAGAAUGUGGCGAGAAGGAGGUUCGGUGUUGAGUUAAGUAGGCAUUCACGUAACAUAGCCUUUUUAAAUCUUGUUUUUUUUUCUUGUUAUUUUAUAAAACAAGGAAUUUGAAACAAAACUUUGCCAUGUGAUAAUACGGUAGUGUGAGACGUAAGGACAACUGAACAUCACUGCUGUGAUGGCAAAAGAGACCUCUGUAUUCCUUAUGGUAAUACGGCAGAGUGGGACGUUCUGGCAGUUGCAAAUCACUACUGUACUGGCAGAAGUAGCCUCUAUAUGCUGUGUGGGAAUACGGUAGAGUGGGACUUUUUGUCAAUGCCCAUGACUGCUGUACUGACAGAAGUAGCCUACUUAACAUGUCGUGAAGAUAUUUAGAGGCCACUUCUGCCAGUACAGCAGUGAUGGGCAACGGUCAGAACGCCCCACGCUACCGUACUACGGCAUUGUUUAUAGAGUACAUAGUAUUAAAGGUGUACACUGUGCAAUACCAAAAUUCUGCACUGCUGGAGUUGUAAGCUGCAAAAGUUAUACAGCUGUACUCUGACAGUCUUGUAUAUUACCAAAGUUGUACAUGACCAAAGUUGCACAACACCAAAGUAGUACGCCACCAAGCUUGUACUUGACCAGAGUUGUACAAUACCAAUGUGGUACGCCAUGAAACUUGUACGUGAUCAACAUUGUACAGUACCAAAGUAGUACACCACCAAACUUGUACGUGACCAAGGCUGUACAAUACCAAAGUAGUACACACUAAAAUAAUUUUCAGCAAUGUUGUAUACCCUCAAAAGUUAAUUUACUUGGGCAUUUAAAAUAAUUAGAAAUAUUAUAACACAUAUAAUAUUGUGACCAAUUUGAAGCAUUAACUAUAAAUAACUAUUUUGCUAUAUAUACAUUUCGAUUACUUAUAUAAAUGUGUAAAAUAUUGAAAAAUAAUAAAGAAAAAGUAAUUAAUUUGACAUGUAAUGUUACCUUUGCUAUUGCACUUAUGUUAUUACAAUUUCGUUAUUGCACUUUAGUCAUUACACUUAAUUUAUUAUUACACUCCUGUUAUACACUUAGCUUGGUAUACAUUGACAUUUGAUCGAUACAUUUUGUUAUAUUAACCCGACAAUAUUGUAACUUAUAUAUAUGUUAUUAGACGUGUGUUAUUAGACUUAUGCCAUUAAACGUAUGGUAUUAGACCUGUUUCAUUAGACUUAUGUUAUUAGACAGCUGGAAGAUAGUUUAUGUGAUUAUCACUGAACAGUUUGAAAUGCCAUAACUCUUAUUACACUUCUAGUGUUACACAAACAGGUUUCAUUACACUUAUAUUAUCGGAUUUAUGUUAUUUCAGUUUGUUAUUACAUUUUGUUAUUAAACAUAUGGGUAUAUUGACGUGUGAUCCAAA